UUGCACUUCCACAGAGUAUCUGCGUAUUUCUUCUCUUCGGAGUCUUCAGUACAGAGGUACAGUCAGAAUAUGAGAGACGAGUUGGGCCAUGCUGUCCGUGGUUUCGUAAGAGUUCUCGAGCGGUAAUGGACUCACCUUCCCCGCGGCCGGGCUGGCGGGAUGAAAUCUCUCAAAUCAGUAACAUGGGCGAGAACAGUAUCAUCAUGGACAAUGAAAGUUCCGUCGGUUACGCUGGUCUCAACAAUCCCGCCAGCGUCGCUUCAUCGUCUUCGAAUCUUGCAACGGGAUCAGCGACGUCGAGAUUUAACGCAAUUCUGAAUUCGAGCCUGAACUCGAGCGGGAGGGCAAACACGAUAUCGGGUUCGCUGAUGAGCAAUGGUAAUGGGGAAGCACAUAGCUCAGAGGGAACCAGCAAACAGAACGGUCGAAAUGGAUCGAAAAGGGUACUGAUCGAUCAUAAGAAGGCGAGGGACGCCCUCAACGAUUCUACUUCAUCCAUUGCUUCCACUGUUGCGUCAACGUUGAAUCUUAAAGCAAAACUAAAAGUGUUUCCGGUGCGGAAGUUGACCGAUCAGACAGAGCACGUGAAGAUGACCAACACCGACCAGUCAGACUCCCCGGAUGACAGCCGGGAGACAAGCCCUGUACCAGCGCCUAAGAAGAGAGUCGGCUGGGGAAAAAUAAUGGGGAAGACGUGAUCAAGACAUCAUGAAUUGAUAAAAAGAACGCUUAUUUGUCAUAACCGCGGAUGUGUCUUUCAAAGCCCUUCACACGUACACCGGUUCGAUCCGGUAAAUGUAGCGGAACCGGUCUCUUGACGUUGUUUUUCGAUGUAUCGGUCUCAAAGCAACAUUUUCCGAUAUCUCGGUCUUUAGACUAUUCCCUUUCCCGAUAUGUCGGUCGCAACCAGAAACGUUAUGUUAUAUAAACAGAACGAAUUUUUCUUCGUGGUUUCCGCUUCUUCUGGCCCCCAGGUCUUGACUAAUACAGUGCUGCGAACAUAAUCAUCUAUCGCCAAAAUUAGGGCACUUGUAUUAAGUCAAUUAUAGAAAACGAGAUGCAAGAAGAACCACUUUUUAACAUGGCCUUAGCAACUGAUUCUGACGCAACCGGUCAUGACCGCGUUCAUACCAGUAACUUUUUAUAUAUUUUGAAACGCAUAAUUAUUGUAGUGAAGAACACACAAGAUGUGAACAGAGACAUGCGAACUACAGAGCCCCGCGUUUUCCAUUGGGUAGCUCUGUAGCUUCAGAUAAGUCAUUGGGAGCGUUGUCAUAUUGCAACUUUUUGAAAGAAGUUUUCCAAUAAUUAAAUUUGUUGAUUGACUUAUUACGCAAAGUAGCAGCUGAGAGCUGAAAUGUUUAUUAACUUUAACCUCUUAUUAUUGCGUCAUUUAUUCUAUAAUAGACGUAAGCAUUGUUAAGAAUUGAUGAUUUGAUGUAUAAAAUGCGCUCAGCAUCUUACUGGAUGGUUAUCUUCAUGGUCGUGUAUUGCCAGUGGAGUGUGAAUCAUUUUCAAAGAUGACGAGCCACGUCUGCAUCAUCGAAACCAAGUCGAUGCGCUAGUGCCCUUUGGUAAGGCAUUAAUCCUC